GUAAGACGCUGCAGAGAUUCGACCACCAUUAAGCUCUUUCAACAGUGUCUUCGUUACAUGUGAAUAGCUGGAACAAUGAGUCCCCCGAUUGCCGUCGUAGUCGGAGCCCUGGGCGCCCAAGGGUCCGGCGUGGUCUCCGCUCUCCUCGCCUCCAGCAAGCCCUACAAAAUCCGAGCCCUAACAUCCAAUAUCGCAUCUCCAGACGCGACCCGUCUCGCAAACAGUAGCCCCAAAGUCGAAGUCGUAAAGGCCGACCUCGCCUCUGUCGAAAGCCUGGUAUCCGCAUUCAAGGGCGCAACUUUCAUCUUUGCCAACACUGUCUUCCGCGCGGAGAUAUUCAUGACGCAGGGCGCUGAAGCAGCACAGGAGCUAGAAGCAACCCAGGGAUUGAACCUCGUGCGGGCUGCGUCUGAAGUUGCGAGAUCGGGGACGCUGAAGCAUUUGAUUUGGUCGACACUCUCUAACGCUGAGAAGACUUCAGGGGGGAAAUACAAGAUUCCGCAUUUCCAGUCCAAGGUCCCGGCCGAUGAGUAUAUACUUGAUGAAGCGAAUGGGCUUAAGGAUAAGACGACCUUUUUGCGGGUUGGGAUGUACGGGUCGAAUCUGAAGCGGAUCCCUUACGUGCCUAUUUAUGUGAAAGGGGCACAUAAGUAUAUCAUAUCAUUUCCCUGCUCGUCAUCAGCGCUUAUCCCCAUGGUUGGAGAUGAGACAACUAAUGUCGGGCUGAUAGCCAACGCCAUCUUCCAACAGCCUGAGAAAACAAUGGGAAAGUAUGUUCUCGGUGUCGAGGACUAUCUCACGCCUGCUGGGUGGGCAGAUGCGCUAGCCAAGGUCUUGGUCGCCGACGUGACCUUCUUGGAGACGAGCAUGGAGAGCUACGAGAGCCUCUGGGGCCCGAUCGGUACGGAGAUCGGCUUGAUGAUGAAGUACAUAGAUGAAUUUGGGAAGGGAAGUUAUACGAUUGGUUUGGCUGAGGAUCAGGUCGUUACUCCUAGUGAUCUAGGCGUACAGGAUCAACUGCAUAGUACAGAGGAUUCGCUGAAGAGGCUUAAUUGGAAGGAGGUUCUGGCGUGAUUGAUGUCAGAAUUACUAUUUGUGAUCUUACUUUUGGGGAACUCUUUGAAAUAAUUAAUGAGGGGGGCAUAAUUUAAAAGAGUCUCUUAUCUGUUAUAUAGCCAUCCAUGCGCAUAUUGUCAGCCGGCUACGGUAUUAUUUAUACUACCACGAGGGUCCUAUAUACGUCGAGUACAGGCCUUCCAGGGACCCAAGGCGUGCUCUCCUGUUAUACUAGAUAUAUACCCUAAGAAUGGUUUUCGUGCGGCUGGGAUCCAGGGUUGUAUGCCAUUCUCCGUUGAUAACCAUCAGGCGUGGAAGAUCACACAUUUUGCUGCCAGUUAGGGCUAAAGCCGUUGAGUUCCCAGAAAAUAAG